AUGAUGUCUCACAAUGUUAAUAAUAUAUCGAAUAUGGCUCAACAACAACUGAUGCAAAAUAGAGUCCAGGUUACCAUUGCUAAUUGGCAAAAUGGUUCUUUACAAGAUGUAUUGAAUUUUAUUAGCAGAAAUGCUCGCGUCUCCAUAAUGAAUGCAACUGUACAAGGUUCUUUAGUCGUUGGUUAUGUGAAUAACCAACAGCAAGCACAAGAUGUUAAAAAGUGGAAUGGUGCAAAAUUUGCAGGUAAUAAUUUGAAAAUUGAUAUUGGCCCACAGUCUGGUUCAAAUUCCAGUAAUGGCACCUCAAGUACUGUCCAAUUUCUUAGAAAUCUUAUUUACAAAAGAUAUGAUCGUCAAAACAAAAUGUUGAAUUUAGGUGAAUUGAUCAACGAUCCAGAAUUGGUUAAUAACAAUAUGUUUAGUGCCAUGGCUAGACAAUCGAAAGUCCUACCAGCUGUUUUAAAGGUUGCAUCUAACGAAACUGAGUUAAAAUCAAUAGAAAGUUUAAACUUAGCCAAUAAUAAUUUGAAAGAUUUGUCACUAAUAUCCAAUUUACAUUUAAUAUUUAAAAAUUUGAAAAAUCUUUGCUUAGCCAAUAACCAUUUCAAUAGGUUUCAGGUAUUCAAUCAAUGGAAGAAUAAAUUUCCAUAUUUAAGAGAAUUGUUAAUGAUUAAUAAUCAAAUCUGUAAUGAUAGAAUGUAUCGUACAGAAAUGUUGAAUAUUUUCCCUAAAUUAACAAUAUUAGACAACACUUUAGUUCGAGACGAAGCUAAAUUAAAAUCCGUAUUUUCAAUCAUGCCAAAUAUAAAUCAACAAUUAACUAAAUUCCAACCAUUUUUCUUUGAAGAUCAAAACAUUUCCAAUAUUUCUACUAAUUUUAUCUCCAAUUUCUUAAAUCUUUGGGAUCAAGACAGAUCCCAAUUAUUAAAUUUAUAUACACCACAAUCUCAGUUUUCAAUUGCCACAGAUUCCUCAGUUCCAAGUUCUACAGUCAAAGAAGCUGAUCAGAAUCCAUCGUUUGGUCAUUAUUUAACUACAUCCAGAAACUUUACCAAGAUUUCAACACCUAAAUUAUUACAAGAGAGAUUAGCUAUAGGUCCGGAACAAAUCAGUAAGCUUUUCAAUUCUAUUCCCAAAACCAAGCAUUUCUUAAUAGAAAAUCCAAAUGAUUACUCAGUGGAGGCUGUAACAUACCAACAAGUCAAUGGAUAUUUGAUUACUUUGCAUGGCUAUUAUGAAGAAGUAGAUAAACCUCUAAAUGACUCUGUUAAUGGUAAUAAUAAUAAUAAAAAGACUUCAAUGAGAAAUAAAAGAUAUCAAAAUAGUUCAAAUAAUAAAAGACUAUCUAAAAAAUCAUUUGAUAGAACUUGGAUAAUAAUAAACAAUGCUUCUACUAAUUCUAUCAUUAUUGCCUCCGAUCUAUUGACAAUUAGAUCCUACUGUUCACCAUCGUGGCAUAUUGAACAAACACCAACGCCAACGCCAACAUCAAACCAACCUGUAAUGAAUCAAAUUAUGAAUGUUAGUACUUCUAUUCCAUCUAAUAGUACUGUGCCAAUGACACCAGCAAAUAAUUCUACUAUGAUAUCUCCACAUUUACAAUUACCACCUGAAAUUCAAGCUAAAUUAAGUCCGGUUCAGUUGGAAUUAUUAAACAAACUACAAUUACAAACUAAAUUAAAUUCAGAAUACACAUAUAUGUUGGCUGAACAAAGUGGAUGGAAUUUUGAAACUGCUAUUGUUGGGUUUCAAAAUAGUGUAGGUAAUUUACCUCCAAAUGCAUUUAUACAAUAA